AGCGAGAGGGAGAGUAAGAGAGAGAAGAAGAAGAAGAAGAAGGUGAAGAAGAUCAAAAGCAGAAAACAAAAAAGUAAACAGAGAUGUUUAGUAUGCUAUUGACCUCUCAAAUCAGCAAGUAAUUUGACUGCACUUAUUAUAGGAAGCAAGCAAAGGAAAGAAUGCAGUUAUUUUGAGAAAAGAGGGACAGAGAUUCAUCAAUCUCUCUGACUCUGUCUUAUCAAUUUCAACCCAUGCUUAGUAGUUGCUUAUAGGUAGCUUUCAAGAUCAUCAACUGGGUCUCCAUUAUUUUCUCAUUUUGGGUUAUUGGAGAAGCAAAGAGAGAGAGAGAGAGACAGACCCAUGAAUCUUCUUCUUCUCGAGCUUGGUAUAAUACCAUUUUCAAACCAAGCUUGUUCAUUUCAUUGAAGACUCUCAAUUGGGUUGUUGUGUAUUGCUUCAAACUUGGAGCUUCUUUCAAUGGACAGUCCACCUCCAGAGGAGCUUCUCAAGAAGAUCCAAGUACUUGAAGCAGGUCACGCCCACCUCAAGCAAGAGAUGUCCAAGCUCAGGCACUCUGAAGAUGUCAAAUCAGAGCACCAAAGGGCUCACUCCGUUUCGCCACAGCGCUCAAGGUUAUCGUCUGUGCCUAAAAGGAGAGUCGGUGCCGGCGCUGGCGGUGGUGGUGGUGGUAGUGGAGGUUUCGAUGCGGCGGCUUGGAAGAAAGGGUCUACUUCGUUUCGGCAUUCGUCGCCGCUUCAGAGGGAGAGCCGCAGCCAUGAUCCUCCGACUGGAGGCACCUUCCGUGGCGUCGGUGGCAGUGCUAGCAGCGGCGGCGGUGGAAGUGGCAGCGGGCCGUCAGCUGUGAACUUUACUGAUAGGCAGUAUCUGAACAUAUUGCAGUCAAUUGGGCAGUCUGUGCAUAUAUUUGAUCUUAAUGGCCAUAUAAUUUACUGGAACAAAAGUGCUGAAAACCUAUAUGGUUUUUCUGCGGCAGAGGCCCUUGGAAAGAGUCCCAUUGAGCUAUUAGUAGAACCCCAGGACGUUGCUGUAGCAAAUAAUAUUAUCCACCGUGUCACCAAGGGGGAGAGCUGGACUGGGCAGUUCCCUGUCAAGAACAAGUUUGGGGAGAGGUUUACUGCCAUUGUAACGAAUACUCCAUUCUAUGAUGAUGAUGGCACUUUUAUUGGGAUUAUAAGUGUGUCAAGUGAUAUACGGCCCUUUCAAGAAACGAGGAUUCCAUUGUCAGGUGCGAAGCACCCAGAAUCAGAUUCAAGCUACAGCCGUUCUAGAGCUAGUGUUACAGCUAAACUUGGCCUUGAUCCUCAGCAGCCUCUACAAAAUGCAAUUGCAUCAAAAUUAACAAAUUUGGCAUCCAAAGUGAGCAACAAAGUGAAGUCGAGAAUUCGGGCAGGAGAAAACAACAUGGAUCGCGAAGGUGGGAGUGAAGAUAGUCAUUAUUCGGAUCAUGGUUCAGAUUCUCUUUUCUCUGACCAGCGGGAGGAUGCAAAUUCAAGUGGGGCUAGCACACCUAGAGGAGAUAUGCCCCCAUCUCCUUUUGGUGUGUUCUCCCAGAUUGAUGAGAAGUCUCCAGGAAAACCCUCCAGAGAUUCUGGCGAUGAGAGUGAAGGAAAACCUUCAAUCCAAAAGAUAAUAUCAACAAAAGCAGAAGCAUGGAUGGGUAAGAAAGGAUUAUCAUGGCCAUGGAAAGGGAAUGAGCGAGAAGGGUCAGAUGCUAAGACUACUCGUUUUGUUUGGCCUUGGUUGCAUAAUGAGCAAGAAAAUGAUUUGGUUCAUCAGAAGAGUUAUUUUGAUUCAAAACCAGAGAGUCAGGUGAAUGAAAAUAAUCGGACUGCAAAUAAUGAGGCUUCUGGAUCUUGGACCUCCUCAUUUAAUGUGAACAGCACAAGCAGUGCCAGCAGCUGUGGAAGUACCAGCAGUAGUGCUGUGAAUAAGGUGGAUGUGGACAGUGACUGCCUGGAUUACGAAAUCCUGUGGGAAGACUUGAUAAUCGGAGAACAGGUUGGGCAAGGUUCAUGUGGAACUGUAUACCAUGGUCUGUGGUAUGGAUCGGAUGUUGCUGUGAAGGUAUUCUCCAAGCAAGAAUAUGCAGAAGAUGUGAUACUUUCCUUCAGACAAGAGGUGUCUCUUAUGAAAAGGCUUCGACAUCCAAACGUUCUGCUUUUUAUGGGAGCUGUGACUUCACCUCAACGUCUCUGCAUUGUAACAGAGUUCCUCCCACGUGGAAGUUUGUUUCGCUUACUACAGAGGAACACAUCAAAACUAGACUGGAGACGACGUGUUCAUAUGGCAAUAGAUAUAGCACGAGGCAUGAAUUAUCUUCAUCAUUUCAAUCCACCUAUCAUUCAUAGGGAUCUUAAGUCUUCAAAUCUCCUAGUUGAUAGGAACUGGACUGUCAAGGUUGGUGAUUUUGGUCUUUCGCGUCUCAAGCAUGAUACAUUUCUCACAACCAAGACUGGGAAGGGGACGCCUCAAUGGAUGGCACCAGAAGUUCUACGUAAUGAACCCUCAGAUGAGAAGUCUGAUAUAUACAGCUAUGGGGUGAUAUUGUGGGAGCUUGUUACUGAGAAGAUCCCUUGGGACAAUCUAAACUCAAUGCAGGUGAUUGGAGCUGUAGGGUUUAUGAACCAAAGGCUAGAGAUCCCAAAAGAUGUGGACCCUCAGUGGGCUUCUAUGAUUGAGAGCUGCUGGCAGAGUGAUGCAGCUUCUCGGCCAACAUUUCAAGAACUGCUGGAAAGGCUUAGAGACAUGCAGAGACAAUAUGCUCUUCAGUUUCAAGCAGCACGUUCUGCCGCGGGUGAUAGCUCCCAAAAGGAAUUGUAGCUCAGCUUUGUGUGGCAUAGCAUUGGGUUUCUUCAUCUACCACAUUGUUGGAUGAAGAAGCAAGGCACUCUCAGAUAGAUGCUUUUUCACUUGUUGCUGGAAAAAUGGUAAUUAGCCAGAGAUGGCCACAAAUGGCAAGUGGUAUUUGCAACCACAAAGUUGAAAGGCAGAUAGAUAGUAGCUGAGAGGGAGCUGCCUAAUUUUAGAUGGUGAUGGGUUUGGUUGUGUGAUGAUGGUUGUUUAUUCACUCCACUGACAUGACAUCCUACAAAAGUAAAAUUAUGGGCUUCAAAGUACGCUGUGUCAUGCAACAGGGCGCCACAUGCCGCCCAUUUUGUGAUUCUAUAUUGGAAAAUUCCAAGCACCAUUACUCAGAAAAAAAAAAAAAAAAAAAGGGUUGUACAAAGGGGCGGAGUCCAUAUUCAUUUGAGUAAA